AAGGGGAACACCAAAACAUUGUCGAACCAGAGGAGAGAGCACCUUGCGGCUUUCGACACUCUCUCUCCAUUAUAAUUCCCGUUAAGUUUGGAAGCUUAUUACGUGGGCAUUUUUAGGCCUUGGAUUGUUUUUAAGACAUCCUAGCCGUGAACCGGAGAGGCUCCGAUUCCGAGUUGAAGAGAUUCCAGCUUCCGUCGGAGCCAAAACAGGAGCAAGAGCUAAGAAAAAUGGUGGUUAGGGUUUUAGCUUCAGUGGGUGUCUACAAAUCGCAUCCCUUCAAGAGUCUAUUCUCCAAUGUUUUCUUAUUCGCAGCCUUCUUCUCCAAAUCCCCACUUCACAAAACCAGCUUGAAUGAUAUUACAUGCAAGGUCUUGGGUCGGGAACAAUUUGCUUCUAAGCAACUAUGUGGUAUAAAAGCGUUUCCCUUUUUGGGGCUUCGAUGGAUUCAUUCAGACCCAUUUUUAAAAUUGGCUGAUAAAGUUGUUGAACCACUGAAGCAGUCGGAAAAAAGCGCAAAUGCUGGCAGUGAUGGUGAUGCUAGAGUGAAGAGGAAAAAGCUCAAGGGAAAAAGAGCAGUUGUGAAGUGGCUGAAGUUCUUCAGGUGGAAGAAGAAGAAAAAUUAUGAAAGAAUGACUGCAGAGGAAAAAAUUCUCUUCAAUUUGAGGAAGGCUCAGAAGAAAGAGGAAAGACUUGUUGAAGCUCUGAAGAAGACUGAGCCUAAAGAGACAUCAGAGACAACCCAUGAUCCAGAGAUAUUGACACCCGAAGAGCACUUCUUCUUUCUGAAGAUGGGUCUCAAGUGCAAGAAUUACGUGCCUAUUGGAAGACGGGGAAUCUACCAGGGUGUAAUUCUGAACAUGCAUCUGCAUUGGAAAAAACAUCAGACGCUGCAGGUGGUCGUCAAGACAUUUUCACCAGAGGAGGUCAAGGAGAUUGCUGCUGAGCUGGCUAGAUUGACCGGAGGAAUUGUGCUUGACAUUCAUGAAGAGAACACAAUUAUUAUGUACAGAGGGAAGAACUAUUCUCAGCCACCAACAGAGAUAAUGUCACCCCGGGUCACUCUCUCCAGGAAGAAGGCUUUGGAUAAAUCCAAAUAUAGGGAUGGCCUCCGAGCUGUUAGAAAAUAUAUUCCGAAACUCGAACAGGACCUUGAAUUGCUUCAAGAGCAGGCCAAAAAUAUGGCUGAAAAUAAAACUGAUGCUGGUAAAGAGAAUGAAGGAACUGAAACUGGAAGUAUUGACUCUGGGAGCUGUUCAAACUUGCAAUUGAAGAAUUCUGAUAAGCUGAAAGAAAUCCUGGAUGGAAACAAGCAAUGCUCUGAGGAUGAUUCUCUUAUGGAUACAGGUUUGGCAUCAGAUUCUGAAGAUCUUUCGGAUAUUUUCGAAACGGAAUCUGACACAGAGACUUUGGAUCAAGUGCAACGACCUCUUUAUUUGGAUGAGUUUGAAAAAUUCCCAGUUGAAAGUGAUAAAGAACCUGAAGAUUUUGAGGAGCACCUUCGCCAAAUAUCUAUGGACUCGAGAAAAGUUCAAGUGCUGGAGAAAAAUUCCGACUUGCCAAAUUUUGAUGAGGUUGAUCAGAUAUUUUUGCGCGCUGCUUCUCUUUUAAAGAAAAAGAGACGGUAGGAGGUUUAUAAGUUAUGUACUCUUAGAAGUAAUGUUUGGUUGCUUGGAAAAAUAUUCUCAAUUUAAGGGUUGAUAGAGGAUUUGAUUACUACAUUUGUAUUUACUCAUUACCCUAUAAAUAGAGAUGUUUGUAUUAUAGACAAAUUAAGUUAAUGAUCACAAUGUAGCAUUUAGGAGUA